CUUGGGCUCUCUCAGAAGAGUCGAGUUCAGAGUAGAGGACUUGCAGCGCCUGUUUCCAAAGGGACCCCAGCUAAGAAGAUGAAAAGAGACAAAGCAAGUGACUUGGUAGAAGAAUAUUUUGAAGCCCAUAGUAGUUCAAAAGUUCUAACAUCUGACAGAACCCUGCAGAAGCUGAGGAGAGCUAAACUGGACCAGAAAACUCUACGAAACUUAUUGAGCAAAUUCUCGCCUUCCUUUUCUGCUGAAAUUGCACAGUUAAAUCAACAGCAUGAAAAGUUGUUUCAUAAAUGGAUGCUACAGCUACGCCUUGGGUUCAACAUUGUGAUUUAUGGUUUGGGGUCCAAGAGAGAUUUACUAGAAAAAUUGUUCCAGUUGACUCAAAGAAUGUUCCUGAAAUUAUGAAAAACGCUCAGAAAAGCAAGGGGCACUCUACUUCCGAGAAAGUUCAGCUGGAGAACAAUAACAAAACUGAAUUUCUGUCAACACCACCUCGUAGUCUAAGAAAAAAAAUAAUUGUGCCAACGUCUCAUUGCGACAGUGAAAGUGAAUAUUCUGCUUCUGACUCAGAGGAUGAGGAAGAGGAGGACGCGGUGGAAUGGGCGCUGGAGAGCGAGGUGGCUUCAAUAAGCCUGGUGGACCCAUGGAUGAAGGACCAGAUCUUGAUCUAGGCCUUCCUAUAGAUCCUGAUGAAGACUCUGACAACAGUGCAAUUUAUGUGCAAGGUUUAAAUGACAAUGUGACUCUGGAUGAUCUGGCAGACUUCUUUAAGCAGUGUGGGGUUGUCAAGAUGAACAAGAGAACUGGGCAACCCAUGAUCCACAUCUACCUGGAUAAGGAGACAGGAAAGCCUAAAGGUGACGCCACAGUGUCCUAUGAAGACCCACCAACUGCCAAGGCUGCUGUAGAGUGGUUUGAUGGAAAGGAUUUUCAAGGAAGCAAACUUAAAGUUUCUCUUGCCCGAAAGAAGCCUCCAAUGAACAGCAUGAGGGGUGUCAUGCCACCUCGUGAGGGCAGAGGAAUGCCACCACCACUUCGUGGAGGUCCUGGUGGCCCAGGAGGUCCUGGAGGACCCAUGGGUCGAAUGGGAGGCCGUGGAGGAGACAGAGGAGGCUUCCCCGCAAGGGGGCCCUGGGGCUCCCGAGGGAACCCCUCUGGAGGAGGAAAUGUCCAGCACCGAGCUGGAGACUGGCAGUGUCCCAAUCCGGGCUAUGGAAACCAGAACUUCGCCUGGAGAACAGAAUGCAACCAGUGUAAGGCCCCUAAGCCCGAGGGCUUCCUCCCGCCACCCUUCCCACCUCCGGGUGGUGAUCGUGGCCGAGGCGGUCCUGGUGGCAUGCGAGGAGGAAGAGGUGGACUUAUGGACCAUGGCGGUCCUGGAGGAAUGUUCAGAGGUGGCCGAGGUGGAGACAGAGGUGGCUUCCGAGGUGGCCGUGGCAUGGACCGUGGUGGCUUUGGCGGAGGAAGACGAGGUGGUCCUGGGGGGCCUCCUGGACCAUUGAUGGAACAGAUGGGAGGAAGAAGAGGCGGACGUGGAGGACCUGGGAAAAUGGAUAAAGGCGAGCACCGUCAGGAACGUAGAGACCGGCCCUACUAGAGAGACCCGCAGAGCUGCAUUGACGACCAGAUUUAUUUUUUAAACCAGAAAAUGUUUUAAAUUUAUAAUUCCAUAUUUAUAAUGUUGGCCACAACAUUAUUUUGAUG